ACAAAACAAAACAAAUUUUUCACUCCAACUUAAAUCAAUUAAAAAUGACGGAAAAACUCAAAGUGCUUGUUUGUGGCGACAUUGAGUCUAAUUUUGAUGUGAUAUUCGACAAAGUUAGGAAUUUAAACAAAAAAACACCUUUUGCAUUUCUUUUAUGUGUCGGUAAUUUCUUCACAGAUGGAAAUUAUGAAGCAUUAGAAAAGUACAAGUCAGGAAUUAAAAAUAUACCAAUUCCUACAUAUAUCCUUGGCCCAAACUCAAAAGCACAAGAGGAAAUUUACAAUAAACUCAACAUCAACGAAACAAACAAUGAGAUCUGUCCAAAUCUUAAUUAUCUUGGAAGGAAAGGAGUUUAUACACUAAGUUCAAAGUUUACGUUGGCAUAUUUGUCAGGCAAACAAGUUCCAGAAGGUGAGGAUAAGGAACCAUGGCAGUUUGAUAAGAAAGAUGUUCUAGCUGUAAGAAAUGCAGCUCUGAAAAAUUUCAGUAAUAUUGAUGAUUAUCGAGGAAUCGAUUUCCUUUUAACAUCACAAUGGGCUGAUGGAAUUACUGAAAGUGAAGAGAAAGACACUUCAAAACUUGUUUCAUUUUUAUCUCUAAAUGUCAAGCCAAGAUAUCAUUUUUGCGCACUAAAUGAUAAACAUUUCGAGAAAUUGCCAUUUAGAUUACCUGCAGUCAAUAUAAGAAGUAUUGAGCCUGUUUCAAGAUUUAUAUCACUAGCCAAGGUUAAUAAUCCAGCGAAGAGCAAAUUUCUGUACGCUAUGAACAUUCAGCCAUUAAUUGAAAUGAGACUUACAGAGCUAAUGAUGAAAUCAACUGACGAAAUAGAAUGUCCUUAUAUUUCAAUGGAUUUCUCUACAGUCAUUGGUGAGGAGAAGGAAUCUUCUAACGCACAAUUCUUCUGGGGAUCACCUAGUGACAAUAAUGAACAAAAUAGGAGGAGACAACGCAAUGAUCAGCAACAAAAUAAAAGAUUUAAGCCAAUGAUUGAUCAGGAUAAAUGUUGGUUCUGUUUACAAAGUCCAGACAUCGACAAGCACUUAAUCAUAUCAAUUGGUGAGCAUUUCUAUCUUGCUCUAGCCAAAAGUCCUGUCAAUGAUUACCACGUAUUAAUUAUUCCCAUUUCACACAUUCAGGCAGUUUCUCAUCUUACAGAUGAACUUUUUCAAGAACUGGAUAUAUUUAAAAAGUCAAUUAAAAAGUUUUAUGAGAGCCUUAACAUGGUUGCUGUAUUUUUUGAACGAAAUUAUCUAACAUCGCAUUCAAUUGUCAAUGCUGUACCAAUUUCUCAUGAUUUAGAAUGGCAACUACCUGAAACUUUGAAAGAUAAAGCUGAAGAGUUUUCAUUGUCGUUUGAGACAAUCCCAAAAAUAACAUCACCAAAGGAUUUACCAGAAAAAGGAGCAUACUUUAUAGUCGAAUUUGGUCAAGAAACUCAAAUUACACGCUCAAUGAAGCACUUUCCGAUAAAUUUUGGACGAGAUUUUGUAUGUGCUGAACCAUUAUUAAAUUGCGAAAGCAAAGUUGACUGGAAGAACUGUAAAUUGCCUGUUCACAUUGAAGAAGACUUGGUCACUAAAUUCAAAGAAGCAUACAAGCCGUUCGACUUCAAUGACAAAGAAGAUGAUAGUGAUUAAAUGUAAUUACAUAUAAUUUUAUAAUCAUUAAUUACCAAUAAAUAAAUUUAGACUUGUUUUUAAGUCUGUCGCAUUUGUGACCAAAAUUUUUUUUUUUUAUUUUUG